UCUGAAGGUAGAUCAUCAUGGCAAGCCCAAGGAGACAAACAGAUGGCUGGGCUCUACAAACUUUCUCCAAUAAGCCACCAAAGAAUCAGCCACACAUAUUCUCUCCCUUUCUAUGGACUCCUCUCCUCUUCCUGCUCAUGGGGCUAGGAGCCUCUGAAAAGGACUCAGCCCCAACAGUGGUGAAAGGGAUUCUAGGGGGUUCAGUGAUUCUCUCCCUGAACAUUUCAGUAGACACAGAAAUUGAGCACAUCGCCUGGAGUGGUCCCCAAGUAGCUUUGGCUUUAGCAGAUGCAAGAGGAAAGAUUAUCUUUUUAGACAAAAGCUACCAGGGGCGAAUAAACGUCACCCAGAACAACUCCUUGUCUAUCAACAAGCUGACUCUGAAAGAUGCAGGAUCCUACAAAGCCCAGAUAAACCAAAAGAAUUCUGAAGUCACCACAAGUGAGAAAUUCACCCUGUCUAUCUAUGAACAGCUGCAGGAGCCCCGAGUCACCAUGAAGUCUGUGAACAUGUCUGAGAACGCCUCCUGUAACAUCACCCUUGUAUGCUCCGUGAAGGGGGCGGGGGAAGAUGUUCAGUACUACUGGACUUCGAGGGAUCCCCAUGCUUCUGAAUCCUGGGGGGGGCCUAGUCUCACCAUCUCUUGGUUGCCCUGUGACCCAGACCUGCCAUACAUCUGCAGAGCUAAGAACCCAGUCAGCCAGAGCAGCUCCAGCCCUGUCCAUGCCUGGCAGUUCUGUACAGAUCUAGGAGCUUCCAGAGGAGGACCAAUGGGCGAGGCAGUGGCGGGGAUCCUGGGGGAGUCCAUCACCCUGUCCCUGGCGCUCCCGGACAUUCAGCACAUAGACAACGUUGUCUGGAUGUUUAACACCUCUAUUAUCAGCAAAGAUCGGGGAGAAGAAGCAACAGCCAAUCAACUCAUUAAGUUCAAGGAUCCAAAUCAGAACACGGCAUGGGUCUCCAGCCAGGGCUACUCCCUAAAGAUUGGCCAGUUGAAGAUGGAGGACGCCGGCCCCUACCAUGCCUAUGUGUGCACAAACGCCAGAGUUGCCAGCACAAAACAUAUCAACCUGAGCAUCUACCGAUCUGAGAGAAGGACAGCACUUUGUUCUGGGCUCUCCCUGAUGGUUUUCACCCUUCUGUGCUUUGGGAUCUCUGGUUGGUGCCUUUGGAAGAAAAAUGGACGAUGUUCAGCCCCAGCCUUCAGUUCCAGUCAAGUUGAGGCUACAGCUGACACACCAGGGUGUGGGAAGCUGAACACUUUCCCUAAGACUGCCAGGCACGUCUCCAACAGCAGCUCUGACAGCAACGGAACAACUGAGGAGGAUGAGGAGGGGACAGAGAUGCACCAACCCGUCAAUGGAAGAGACCAGGUGUGUGAUUUGGUCACUCAGGAGGAUGCUGGACAUGACUCGGACUCUGAGGGGCAAGCAGAUUAUGAUCUCGUCACUCCAGAUGACACUACACCGGCGCUUGCGAUUGAAGGGGAAACUGUGUAUACACAGGUGUUCCUUGACUUUCAGGGACAGACCCCAGUUCCUCAGAAGGAAGAGAGGUCAGCCACAAUCUACUGCUCUAUACAGAAAUCUCAGAAGGUGGUGCCAGCACCGCAACAGAAUGAUCUCGAGUCUCCUGAAAUACCUACCUAUGAAAAUGUCCCCUGAAAAGCAGCUGCCUCCCUCCAUGAGGUUGGAGUGCUGGACCUCAUAGGGCCUGGGGCUCCUGCAGGUAGAAGCACUUCAGAAUUUCCUUCAGUGUCUCAGCGAUGCCUGGAUUUGUGCCUCCUCCUUCGUCUCACCCCCAUGACUUCCCAAACCCAUUAACAGAUCAGGCAACUUCUGGGCUCCGUUUGUCUCCCUGCAUGCUCAUACUGUUUCUGCCUCUCAGCUCAGAUGCACACCUCAAAACUCUGCCAAGGCUUGUCAUGUUGUUGAAGGGGACCUGGACCUUCACAUGUUCCUCUAAACAGCUGCUAAGAUAAAUCCAACAGAUAUUCUCACAGACACAAAGAUCUAGGUGAAAUCAUGACCACAGUAGUAUUUUCUUAAAUAAAAGGCUACAAAUAA